AAAAAAAAAAACAAAAAACAAAAAGGCAGUUCUGUCUCUCCUUCUUUUUCUCUUUACUAUUAAAAAGAUGAACUUUCUCCAUCUUGUAGCUUAUGGAGCUACUGGAUUAGCCUUUUGUUUUCUUGUCCUUAGUUUAGCGUGUGGAUUAUAUUACCUGGCAGAAUUGGUGGAAGAAUACACGGUAUAUACCAAAAAAGUGAUAAAGGUUAUGACCAUGGUUGUGGUGGCUAUUCAUUUCUUAUUAUGCAUUUUUGAUCGGUUACCCGUACUACAACUCUUAUUCUCAGUGUUUUGUCAUGGUGUCUAUAGUUUGAAUCUACAAACAUUUCCAUUUAUUCAAUUGUCUAGUCUUCCAUUCAUCAGUAGUUGUGUGCUUGUAUUUGUUGAUCAUUUCUUAUGGUUCAAAUACUUUACAAGAUAUUAUCGGCCGUUUAUGGAUAUUGCUUCAUUUUUUGGGAUUUGUGUUUGGUUGAUUCCAUUUACUUACUUUAUCAGUCUCAGUGCGAAUGAUAAUGCCUUGCCACUUAGUGAUCCGAGUGCAGCCGAUAUGAUUCCACAUCAACAAAAAACGGGACUUUUCAAGACAUUGUUUGGAUUUUUAGGCAUUAAACAACAACAAUCACAACAAGAUCAAUCUUUUUCAAGUCAAUCAUUCGAUCUUCAACAACCAUCAUAUCACAAUAUUCAAACACCAUACAAUACCAAUAUGACAACGCCAGUAUCAAGAUCACAUUAUGCAUCCAAUCAAUUACAGAAUAGAAAAGCUUUAUGAAUACCAUUUUGAAAAUAAUAAAUCUAUAUAUUGAAUAUUAAUUUAA